AUGGCGUCCGCUUCUGCAAAUGAUAAGAAGCGCGUGAAGGUCUACGAGCUCAAGAAUAAUGACUGGUUUGAUCGCGGCACCGGCUUCUGUGUGGGCAGCGUAUUGAGCAGCCCUAAUGCGGCGCCUGAACACCUAGACGCACGGAUACUGGUGACCAGUGAGGAUGAUCCGAACCGCACGCUUCUGGAGACGCGCAUAUCCAAGGACGAUGGGUACCAGAAACAGCAGGAAACGCUCAUCGUGUGGACGGAGAGCAAUGGUGUGGAUAUGGCAUUGUCCUUCCAAGAGUCGGACGGGUGUGCGGCGAUAUGGGAGUUCGUGAGUGAGAUCCAGACUCGACUCGUGUCAGAAGACGGCAUAUCAGACGAUCUGCUAGAUCCGGUACAGUCAGUAAGUCUACCGGAGCCUGCGCUGGGGAAGCUGGAGGAUGUUGUGGAAGCGAUACGGGCUUUUUCCACAACGCCUGCUGGACGGGAUGCUCUGGCCAAGUUUGUCAUGACACCAGGGAACAAUUAUAUCCUCAAGCUUGCGCCGCUCGUGGACGAGGCGGAACAGCGGCAGACGACUCAGGAUUUGCAUCGGUUAUGCACGAUCAUGAAGCAUCUGAUCUUGCUCAACGACACCUCCAUAAUCGAGUUCAUAGUCACAGACCAGGCGGUUAUGGGUGUCGUGGGCGCUCUAGAGUGUAAGCGAUGCCCGGCUUGAAGCUGCUGGAGAUUUCGCCUUCGCUAACAUGGUUCCAGACGACCCCGAUUUCCCUUCACAUCGCGCAAACCAUCGGCAGUAUCUCUCCGACACAUCUAAAUUCAAAGAAGUGGUCAAGAUCGAGCACCUUAACAUCAAGCAGAAGAUUCACUACACCUAUCGACUGCUCUACCUGAAGGACGUUGUGCUCGCGCGCAUACUCGACGAUCCGACUUUCUCUGUCCUCAAUUCCCUGAUAUUCUUCCACCAGGUCGACAUUGUAAAUCACCUACAGUCCAACCAAAACUUUUUGAAGGAGCUUUUCACGAUAUUCGAAGAUGACGAGAAGGAUCAGAACAGAAAGAAGGAAGCGGUGUUAUUCAUCCAGAACUGCUGUGCAGUGUCGAAGAACAUUCAGGCGCAGUCGAGAGCACAACUGUACCAGAACUUCAUUCACCAUGGGCUUUUCAACGUGAUUGUAUUUGCAUUACGGCAUCACGACGCUGCAGUCCGCGUGGCAGGAACGGAUAUACUUGUGUCACUGAUCGACCACGAUGCACCGCUCGUCCGGAGUCAAAUCUUCAAGUCGAUCAGCGAAAAGACCACGCCACUCACGGACGUGCUCAUAGAUCUACUACUGGUGGAGGUCGAUCUGGGAGUGAAGAGUCAGAUGGCCGAUGCAAUCAAGAUUCUCCUCGAUCCCUCUUCCAGUAAUGCUGGGAUGGAGGCUAUGAGCCGGCAGGGGAACUCGGAGUUCAUGGCCAAGCGGGGCGGGGGACCUAACGAUCAUCAUGGGCCUAGAAUGCCGCCGCAGAUUCAGGCAUUCAUCCAAAAUUUCUACGAAGAGGGCGCGAGGCGGUUAUUCCAGCCGCUGAAAGAUCUGGAGCAGCGACAGUCAAUGCUGGGCUUGACUGUGCAAGAGACCAGCUUGUACACCCAUCUGGUGGAGGUGCUAUGCUUCUUCGUAAGGCAGCAUGCCUACAACAGCAAGAUGUUUAUUCUUGCGGAGAACCUGCACGCUAGAAUCGCGCAGUUACUUCUGUGUCCGCAGAAGUACAUGAAGCUUACUGCUUUGAAAUGGUUCAGGACUUGCAUCGGACUCCAGGAUGAGUUUCACAACCGCCAACUCAUGCAAAAUCGACUAUUUGAGCCGAUACUGAAUAUUGUCUACGAGACGAUGCCCCGCGACAACCUUCUCAACAGUGCAUGCCUGGAGUUCUUCGAAUACAUCAAGAGGGAGAACAUCAAGCAGCUUAUCUAUCAUCUGAGCGAGACUUAUCGUGAACGUCUGAUGGGGAUUACCUAUGUGAACACUUUCCAAGGGAUUGUGCAUAGGUAUGAACAAUUCCAGCACCCAUACCUUCCAGCUACUGGUGAAGGCGAAACGAGCUUUACUACGGAGCCGAAUACGCCCGAUCGCGGUCGCUCAGUGAACGGACGGCAAUUGUUCAGUGGUCUUAAAGAGCCCGAUCCGGACGAGGACGCGUACUUCAGCACCGACGAUGAUCCUGAAGGUGACCUUGGUGACGAUGAUGAGUUGCAACUGCCAACCGCCGCCACCGCAAGAUUAUCGAAUGGACACAACAGCCCGAUGAAGCCACUGGUCAACUAUCCUGAUGACGAUGACGACGACGAUGAAAUGGAUAUCUUGGCCAGCUCACCAGACACGCCCCAGAACAGGAAGAGCGGGUCAGAGGAAACACGUGGUCGUGACCGCAAACCAGUACCAAAGGAUGGAAGCCCUGGAAUGGUUCAGAACCAACAGAGUCCCCCGGAACCGUUGGCGGUGAAGCGACGAAGAGUGGAAGAAGAAGAUGAAGACGAGUUAGGCAAGAUGAUGGGUGGUCAUUCGAGCAAGAGACGCAACAGCUCUGCUUCUGUCCGCAGCAGCGCAUCUAUCUCCCACGUCGACGGAUCUUCGGAUCUCCGAGCUUUGAAUGCCGCUCAUGCCUCGCAAUCCCCUCCGGCGAAUAUAGCAUAUCCUCCACUUAGAAGGAAAGGAAGUCUCAAAGUUAAGAACGAAGGGCCUUCUAAUCCGGGGAGGUUUUCCGUCAAGCCGAUCGAUGCAGAACGGAGUGUUUCGAGGUCUUCGCGAUCAAGAUCCUCAAGAAGGGGGAGUGAUGCAAGUGCUACAGUCUCGCCGAAGGAUAAAAGUCAGAAUGUCGGUAAUGGUGGUGGUGGCUAG